AUGGAUUUCACUCCGAGCAACCUCUUCGGAUACAUAGAAGACCUGCAGGAACUAACUAUUAUAGAGAGGCCGGUGCGCAGGAGCCUGAAGACACCAGAAGAAAUAGAAAGACUGACAGUUGAUGAAGAACUCAGUGAUAUUGAAAGGGCUGUUUAUCUACUCAGUUCUGGUCAGGAUAUCCAAGGAACAAGUGUGGUGGCAAAUCUUCCAGUCCUGAUGCGACAGAAUCCUGCAGAAACACUUCGUCGGGUUUUACCAAAAAUCAGAGAGGUUCUGCAUGUUGCAGGAGUGGAAAUGCAGUUAACAGCUGCUGUUUCAUUUCUGACUGUUCUGCAAGAGGAGUCGGUGUCCAUUCAUACAUACUCCCACUCCUUCCUACACAUCAUUCUGCAGAACCUGGAGCACAGGGAUGCAGGUGUCAGCAAUGCAUGGUUAGAAACUCUUCUUGCUGUAAUAGAAGCUUUACCAAAAGAAACUGUCAGACAUGAGAUCCUGAAUCCACUUGUCUCCAAAGCACAGCUUUCUCAAACACUUCAGUCUCGCUUAGUUACUUGUAAAAUCAUGGGAAAAGUAGCUAACAAAUUUGAAGCUCAUAUUAUUAAAAGGGAGGUUCUUCCAUUGGUAAAAUCACUGUGCCAGGAUGCAGAAUAUGAAGUUAGAACUUGCAUGUGUCGGCAACUGGAACAUAUAGCUCGAGGAAUAGGGACAGAACUCACAAAAACUGUGGUGCUUCCUGAGUUAGUAGAACUGGCAAGAGAUGAGGGCAGCAGUGUACGCCUUGCAGCCUUUGAGACAUUAGUGAAUCUGCUUGAUAUGUUUGAUGCAGAUGAUAGGAGUCAAACUGUGCUGCCAUUGGUGAAAUCAUUCUGUGAAAAAUCCUUCAAAGCAGAUGAAUCUAUCCUAGUUUCUUUAUCUUUCCAUUUAGGGAAACUGUGUAAUGGAUUAUAUGGCAUUUUUACUCCUGAACAGCACUUACGGUUUUUGGAAUUUUAUAAGAAGCUUUCCACACUGGGUUUGCAGCAGGAAAAUGGACACAAUGAUAACCAGCUACAACUUCAAACUCUGGAACAGGAAAAGAAGUAUAUUUCAGUGAGGAAGAACUGUGCUUACAAUUUUCCAGCCAUGAUUGUUUUUGUGGAUCCAAAGAACUUCCAUUUAGAACUAUAUUCUAUAUUUUUCUGCCUUUGUCAUGACCCUGAAGUUCCUGUCAGAUACACUAUGGCCAUAAGCUUCUAUGAAGUUGCUAAGCUUUUAAAUUCUGGUGUGUAUACAAUACAUAAAGAACUGGUUACGCUAUUACAGGAUGAGUCACUGGAGGUGUUGGAUGCUCUGGUAGGUCACCUUCCUGAAAUCCUUGAGCUAAUGACUAAUGGAGGAGAAAACAAUGGAUCAGAAAGCAAGUUACUGUCUAUUCCUGACUUGAUUCCUGCAUUAACAGCAGCAGAACAGAGAGCAGCGACUUCUUUAAAGUGGAGAACUCAUGAGAAGCUACUACAAAAAUAUGCAUGUCUCCCUCAUAUCAUAUCGAGUGAUCAGAUUUAUUACCGUUUUCUUCACAGAAUGUUGACAAUCAUUUUAACAAAUAAUGUCCUGCCAGUCCAAAAAGCAGCUGCUCGAACCCUCUGCGUUUACUUGCGUUACAAUCGCAAACAAGAACAGAGACAUGAGGUUAUCCAGAAACUGAUUGAACAACUGGGCCAAGGAAAAAGUUAUUGGAACAGGCUUCGGUUUUUAGAUACUUGUGAAUUCAUUAUGGAACUGUUUUCAAAAUCAUUCUUCUGUAAAUACUUCUUUCUACCUGUGCUCGAGCUUACACAUGAUCCAGUGGCAAAUGUGAGAAUGAAGCUAUGCUAUUUGUUGCCAAAAGUUAAAUCUACUCUGAAGAUUCCCACUGAUAAACAUUUACUUCAGCAGUUGGAAUUAUGUAUAAGGAAACUUCUGUGUCAAGAGAAAGACAAAGAUGUCCUGACUAUUGUAAAAAGAACAGUGUUAGAACUGGACAGAAUGGAGAUCUCUGUAGAUGCUUUUCAGAAAAGAUUUUACGAAAAUGAUUUAUUGGAUCAAGAAAAAGAGAGACAAGAGCAUCUCCUUUUGGAAAUGGAACAAUUAGAAAAAGAGAAGCAGCAAAAUGAAGGAAGAUCUGCAAAUAUUAAUGAUAAAAUGUUUGAAAAGAAGCGUAGAGACAGUAAAACAUCAUCAGUGUUGGCAAAAAGUAUCAAUCUCUCUGUUCCUGGAAACUCUUCUGGUACAUCAGCAGGCAAAGAAGAAAAAAAAUCCAAGUUGGUUCGAAGCCAGUCUUUCAGUACUCAAGCACUGCAUCCAAAAUACAGCAACAUAGACAAGUGUCCUAAUAAAAGUUCUGCUACAGGAUACAUCAAUCAGUUUUUUUGAAAGAGUUGUAUGUUAUCCUUUAGUGAUGAUUCAUUCCGGGCUCAUUCUACUGGCAGUAGUGGGAAUUCUGUUUUCCCUUCUAGUUCUUCUCGCAACUUAUUUAACUCAACUGACCAAAAGAACAAUGGGAAUAAGGAGAGUCAGUCCCGAAAGAUGAGCAUCAAAAACAGAAAAUCAAACUCCUAG